AUGGCCUUUAACGCGCCAUCAUCUACAUUGGAACGUUCUUCAACUCAUUAUAAGGACGGUACACAUUCUAUGAAGUGGACAUGGACUAGUGGCAAUGAAUUCACACAUACAAUUUCUGUAAGUCUAAUUAUAUAUGAAGCACAUGCUAUCUAGGAACGGUUUAGACGGCUGUUGGGAUAGCCAUAGUGAAAUUGUGAAUAGGCAGUCAGAAACAUAUGAUUAAAACUGGCCGGUAGAAUAGACAUUCAACCUGUCCAAUUAAUCUAGAUCUAAUCAUACCGUUAAAUUCUGAAAUUAAGCUCAGGGGCUUCUAAUUUUCAAAGGCUCUUUUUAGGGGCUUAUUUUUGGAGGGGCUUAUUUUCGGAGGCGCUUAUCUACGGAGAAAAAUUUUCGUUUCAAUAUAGAUUGGGCUAGCCUUAUAGUUGGAAGUAAAUUUAACGUUUUUGCUUUGUUUUACUUUGUAUUUGAGGGCAAUUUUCCAAGUACAAGCCCGCGGGGGGGCUAUAUUUGGAGGGGCGAUUUAAAGGCGGGUUUUUGCGUUACCGGUUUGGGGGGGCUUAUAUUUGGAGGGGCUUAUACAUGGAGGGGCUUACUUUCGGAAUUUUACAGUAUUUUUCUUUGUUUUCAAACUGCAGUAUUGUGUCCCAAAUACCUAUCAAUAGCCAAGCAAAGAACUCCAGUAUUUACGUUGUUAUUGUGCGAAAAUGGUGACGUUUUUACUCUCGUAUAUCUCUUAUUUCAAAUCUGUUUGCAAUGCUGUUAAUGUUGUGGUGCAAAGUUAUCCUUGGUCUAAGUUUUUAUUUUCCUUGCAUCAAACUUUCAACAUACAAUACCAUACUCAAAAAUAAAGAAAUGAAGUAAAAUUUGAACCAAGCACAGGUUGAACAAAACAUACAUACUGUAUAUGUUCGUGGAAAUAGCUUAAACAGGGGCGGAUCCACGAUCUUUUUUAGGAGGGGGUGCACUCGUCUCUUGCUCUACUUCAACACCAAUAAACCACAUAGAUUUUUUUUUUGCAGAAUACCAGUUGUAUUAGAAAACCGCAGGUCAUCUCAGGGAGGGGUGCGCACCCCCUGCACCCUCCCCCUAGAUCCGCCCCUGAAGUUGAUAACCAAACAUGCCCAACUCAGUAAAAUGUUUAAGUUUCUUGGCACUCUCAUUCUGGUAUAAAUGUUUUAUUACAUUGUGACAUGAUUUUCUUUUCUUUUGAACAGCCGCAGAUCAGUGGAUCCGAGCGUAGUAGAGGUGGAAUUAAAUUGUGGCUUUACAAUCCUUACAAACGCGCAGCAGGAGAGCAUCUGACGGUCUCUUUUUCCAACUCAGCAAAAACCGUUUCACAAUUCAAUAUCACCCUAAACUUCAAGGUAUUUAUGAAUUCUUCCUUUUCGCAAUGACUGUGGCAAUUUGCUCCAAAAUGAAAAUCAAUGAAAAGUAAGCGUUCUUUCAAAAGAAUAAUUUACUCUUUGUGUUUUUGUAAGUUGUGUCCCGUCCAAAAAUGUAAGUAUUCAUUUAACUAUUUAUUCUUUUUUUUCUAAGAAUAUAACUAUUACCGACCGGUGAAAAUUUAUUAUGGCGAUGACAAAGACAACUGUUUUGUAUUGAAAUGUUUCUAGGGCUGGCGUGCAGUGUGGGUUAGUUACGAUGAAGGUCUUUUGAAUGGUCGAGCUAACAUGAACUCCAUGAAGAUAACUGCUCCAACAACUUCAGAGACCACUCAUCCAUUGUACUUUGAUCUUAUUCGAUUGGUCGGAAACUUAGCCAGGCAGUCACGUGAUAAGGUUGUUCCAACACUCGACCCAGACCUGUACAGUCCAAAUAAUUUCUGGCAGCAAACGUACCGAUGGAGUCAGGUUAGUUUUGUUUAUUCAGUACUUCUUUUAUUUAAGGUUUUUCAUUUUAUCAUUGUAUCUAUCUUUCAUGCAAGCAAAUUCUCUGCUCGGGAAAUAGAGAGAGAGCCGAGAUAAAGAGCGCUAGAGGUUAGCGCAAGGCGGUUAAGUAGUUAUAAACUACUUUUGCUUUUCAAAACUGUUUCUUUCCAUCUUAUGUGCUCUUGUAAUUCGAAUUUCGCGAGGGAACGAGAAUGAGAUAUCAUAAUGAACACAAAAAGACUACGUAAAAAGAAAGGCCGGUCGCUAAAGAGGAGCGGCCUGUGGCUUAGCCUGGUUGCCUGUGAAGGUUUAGCGAUAUCUUUAACACGAAACAUUUUGCAUCACAAGGCAACUCCGACAGCUAUAGACACUGGCACAACUCCCAGUAUGGAACAAAUAUCUAACCUGACCUUGAUCGAGAAGAGAUUGGACAAUUGGUUCGUGAAGCAGUCACAGGCCUCAGUUAAUUUUACAGGAAACGUACAGAAACGAUGGAAUUCGCUUCAAGGCGACGUGAACGAUGCACUCACAAAGUUUGCUUCACUGAAUGUUGUCAAUAAUACAGAUGGUAUUAUCACAGGUAAGAUCUAAAGUAAAGCUGCAAAAUAUGCCCGCCAGCGAACUUAUCUGAAGCAAAUAAUGAUCCAUCAAAAUAAGAAAAUUCCUACUAAUUGAAUACUUUACACUAACUAUAAGAAUAUAACUGGUGAAGACUCUCGUAAUCCACCCUGUAGGCACCCCGCUCUAUUCUGACGAAUCGGAAUAUGACGACGAAAAAUUUGGUUAUGUCGUGGAGAAAGUUCUUCUUCCUCUGGCGCUGGAUUAUCACGUGAGAUCACGAACCAAUGACGUGGACGCUGUAGCCUCUGCAGAGGUGACUAACCUGAAUGGAGAUACCAGCGUUUUUAACGCAGCUGUUAAGGUAUGAAGAGUUCGGUGGAGGUACUUCCAACAGGUGACAUGAAAACAUGUCAACAUGACAUGGAGAUGCUUUUAAAAGUUUGAAAAACAAACAGAUAACAAAACGAAACAUCAAAAUGACAUCAUUCCGUUGAAAAUCCUCUCCAUUUCCGUCUCCACAUAUUUUUUAGCUCUUAUAUUAGUGAUUGUGACCCUUCAUUUUAACCUCAGUUCUUUCGAAAACAUUUUUUUUUGUAAUCUUGGUUCAUCGAAGAAUUGUCGGGUAAUACAGUCUAUAUUUGAAUCCUGACAACAUAUCAAGACAUAUUUAUACCCAUUUUAAAACGAACUCUUAGAAUAGACCUAUUCGGCUGACUCAAUGUUGUACCCAAUUCAAACCCUUUGGAGUAAAACGUUUUGUUUGAGGAGUUUCCAUAUCAUUUAAAUGUGAAUGCCACAUUAUAAUGCAAAUCAAUACACAAAGAAUCUUAAUCCCAGGAGAUUUGAAUUGGGUACAAAUUGAGUUAACCGAAUAGGUCUACGAAACACGAACAAAUAUGUGGUCUAUAGUACUGAGACGAACCAUUAGGAUUGAAUGUUAUCAACUUAUUUCAGAGGAUAGCAGGCGGCAAUUCAGGUGAGCAACAGACCUUUACUACCGCUUUGGGCGCAACGACGCCAUAUUCUGCGAUGAAAGUCAAGGAAGCCAUCAGUACUCUUAACGCUAAGCGGAAACAACGAUUGAUGCUUCUUCUUGAUUACAUUGAGGAUCAAGGUUGGUUGGUUUGAAAAUGCAAAAAUGUUCCUUUCAUUACAAAGUUAUUUUUUGAGUGAUUGCUUAUGUUAUGCCACUAACAAGAAGUUGUAAUUUAGCACCUGGUCAGAACUACAAGAUAUAUUGAGUUGAGUAAAAUCCUAUAAAAUUUAGAGUUUCAGGAUCUGUUAUUAACGAUUGAAUUAAUAAAUGGUUCAAUUUUCAAGUGUUUGACACUUUAAAUAAGUAACAACAUUAACAUAGCAGGAUGACUACGGGGAAAAGACAGUCCUACAUAUCGCUUUAUGUAUUUUCUAUUAUACACGAAACUCGCAAAAAAGUCUCACUGGUAACCACUACCUCUUCCAAGUGCAAGUUUAAAGGCUAUGCAACAUAAGAAAAUGGUCUUUUCUGGGAACAUGACAUAAUAUCUGAAUCAUCAUGCUUACUUCACACAUAUAUAGAACACAAGCACUACCAAAACAGAACCACUAAAUUCAAAACAGUUACCUGCACGAUUAAAGGGUUAUCUUAUCCGCCACUUCACUACAUAAACGUAUACCCACACUUUUCCUCCUAUAAAGUGUUUCAUGUGUAAACAUUAUUUUUUUUUUACGAGCAAGGUUUUACUGAGGGCAGCGCAAUUGGAUCCUUGGACCACGAAAUGAACAAUGCAGGUGCGGGCUACAUGAAUUCAGUGUAUUUAUUGAAGGAAGUUCUGCAAGAAGCAGGAAAAAAGGAGAAUUAUGUCGCGACUAUGAAGUGGUACAAUGAGUUUGGAGAAGUAUAUCAAGAUCCAUUUGAGUACGCUGGAACAACUGCUGAUCGAAUGAGAACCAUUUCAUUUUGGCGGUAGGUUGCAAACUAGGUUUUGCCUGCCUCUCCUCUAGCACAAAUCAGCACGCCAAAGCUACUAAGCUGUUUUUUAUUAACUGCCUUGAUGCCUUCGGCCGAUAUUUUUACAGGGUAUUAACAAUACAGUUUUUAUUACCAAUGAACAAUCACUCACAUCUUGCUGAUCCAAGUACAGUAAAAGCCAGUAACUGCCCCACCCAAGGUCCAUGAACUGGUGACGUAUUGUCUCAGUAGAGAUUCCAUGUUUACUUUCUAUCCACACCAGUAUCCCUAAUUUUUCACCAAGAAAUUGAAACCUGCUUUACGUCCUGACAUGGAACCAAUAUGGAAAUUUUUUGGCCAUGUUUUGGUCUACUGACCACAAACCGAAUUGUGUGUAGCCUAGCCCGAGCCUAAUGUCCAAAAUAUCUUAUUCUUAGCCUCAACUCCUUCGUCUUGGGUAGAUGUUAAAUUACACGCAUCUAAUUUUUAUUCUUUUUAUUCACAGUUUGUUUGCUGUUCUUAUGAUGCCUUCCUCUACAACAGCAGAACAACAAGCAAAAAUCCGCGACAUGGAAGCGCUUCUUCGUUGGUACGCAAACGCUCUGUCACCUAAUGAAGGAUUUGCAGGUGUCCUAAAGCCUGAUUUCCUUGGAUUUCAUCAUAAUAGCUACUACGCUUCUGCCUAUACACCACACGCCGUGCACAAGGGAGCACUCAUCCAAUAUCUACUCAGCGGGACGACAUUUGCUUUGGGUGAGAAAAAAAUAUCACAAGUAGCAAUAUUGAGUAGCAAAUGUUCGAAGCUACUGGUCUACAAGGAUAUUAAAACUGAAUGUCAACAUUGCCAGAGGCGGAGUUAGUAGUAUAGGGCGGACCGGUUACACCGCUUUUUAUUGCGGGAAUCUCAUUAACGUGCGGGGUAAACUAAUAUAUUAACGCAAAUGACGUAAUAGACCAAGAAAAAACCUCUAGACGGUUAUCGACUUGAAAACGACUAGGAAACCUGUCAAACGCGUUGAACCACCUUAAAAUAACACUUGGUCUUCUCUUAAUGAGAUUGCCUUGAAUUUUAUUCACGAGAUUAGACAAAAGGCUAUGACGUUAUCAGCGUUAAUGUAUUUACGCGAACAGCGUAACUGGUACUUCCUAUAAUAAUGGCACGGUUUGGAAUGUUAUGAUUAAUAAACAAGCGAGUUCUAACGAUACCAUAUAAUUUCUUUUAUCCAAAGUUAUCUCAGAAUUAAAGGUGUACUAUGUUUUAUUUAAAGGUGCCGAGACAAUGCAAAAUAUAAAGAAAGGACUGGAGAUCAUGAGGGUCGUUUCAGUCAAGUAUUCCUCACCGAACAGUGUUGGAGGCCGAUUUCCAGGAUUUACUCGUGCAAUUCUGGCCAAAAAUUUCCCUGGUUUUGCCUAUUACGCUGCGAUUGCUCCAAAUUUCAACAGUGAUGGAUCCCUAGGAGAAAUUGUCGCCAUUGACAGUAAAAACGUCAAGCCUUUCUUGCGGCUAUUUGACACAAGUACUAGUGCCUUUUAAAUUCUUUAAUAUACUAUGAUGUGAAAUGAAUGCAAUAUUUCUUUAUUGUGGAGUAGGUAACAGAUUCUCUCUUAACGUUUCCCCAUAUGUUAGCAUAAUUUUCAACAAUUUAGGAUAAGCAGAGACGGUAUCAUUCCUUAGGUCAGAAAAUCAACAUUCACGAAGGUGUGUUCCCACAUUAAUCAAGUAAAAGCAUUUCAAUACAGCAGUUGGUCCUAAUUUUGCCUAAUAUAUCAUUGCCAAAACUAGCUUUAAGGCUGACUCUAUUAAAGAGGUGAGUGAAGCAAUCCCAGUUGUAUCUUUCCGCUGCAGGUGAAAGUAGUGUCAAUGACUACUUGGCUGACGGAACAAUUUUCACUUCAAUUUAUUACUUGAAUUCACUUGGCUCAAUAAAUAUCAUGGAAGAAAUUAAAAGCAAGGCAAUGACCAUGAGUAUCGAAGCAGAAGCCUCUCCUAAGGGAUUAUGGGCACUUAAUUACGGGGCCUUUGUCGUCCACCGACGAUUUGAUUGGGCAGUCUCUGUUAAAGGAUUUAACAGCUUUGUUUGGGAUUUUGAGGCAUCGGGCAACCAAAACGUGUAUGGAAUAUACCAGAGUCACGGCGCGCUUCUUGUUGCGAACAGCGAGGCGUCUCUCAAAACUCUCGACAUCGACAACGGCUGGGACUGGACACGACAUCCGGGUACAACCACUAUCAAAUUGCCGCUCGCAGACUUGGUCAGCGGAAACCGCAGGUUUUUAUUUUUUUUAGUUUUCACCACCUACAAUCGGGUAGUUGACAGGUCAAUCACAGUUUAGAUCUGAUCACAUGGCAACUAAAAGAGUCAAAGAGCAUUUACUAAAAUCAGAUCUCAGAAAACUCGCAAGGAAACACUCCAGCCUUUCUUAGUCUGUGUACCACGUGACCGGCUUUAUGCGUAAAACGAGUUACGCACAUGACAAUGCCCUUACUACACUGUAGUAGCUUAUCAUCGUAAGAUUCUCAAAAACUGUUUACUGAAAAAUUCCAUAAAUCAAACACGUUUUAGCCUUCCAAAAGAGUCCCUUUGACAAGUAGGAUAAUUUAAAAGAAUUUGAGGUUAAUUUGAAGACAUCAUUUAUUUUCUGAAAUCACAUGAAAACCAGAAAAGGAGGGCGUUAGGCUAGCAAAUAAAGGCACAUGUUGCAUUAUGGGCCUAAAGAUAUUUUUUGGGUGUAAAAUACAGUCAACCCACUCUCUAGGACGGACACCUUUGAUGCAUGCGCAAAGUGCACGUUUAAGAGUGAUGUCCGUCUCAAAGAGAGACGAAUAAAGGGAGUAAAGAACGGCUGGUGUUCGUUUUACCAAGUCUUAUAGACGUGUCCGUUAAGAGCGACUUGACAUUUCUAUACGGUCAAAUCAAUAGUUUUACAAGGCUAACGAAUACCUUCACUUGUCGUCACUUAUAGAUAUUAUCAACCUAAGAAACUUGCUGGCGGAGUUAGAUUGGUAGGUAGUGGAGACUACUCUACAGGAAUGUUUUCAAUGGAGUUUUCUCAACCUGACUACGACUGGGAUGAUGGUGCCUAUCAAAACAACAUCGAGUUCACAUUUAAGAAGAGCGUCUUCUUUGCCGAUAAUCUUACAAUCUGUCUUGGCUCUGGUAUUUCCUCUUCGGGUAGCAACUCGCACAUCACUCAGGUAUCAUUUUUAUUACAAAAGAAGCAUUUCCUUUAUUUCUCUACUGAUUAAUUAAUUUAUUUUCAAAGCUUCCAAUGGAAACUACACAAAACAGUAGCGGUUAACGAAAAGUGUGGCCUGGACAUCGUUUAUCCUUCCUUGAUCCUAAAGGCGACCUCGCUUGAGGGUUCUCAUUUUUCAUGAGAACCAGAAUUCUUACUUCUUCAAAAAUAAUUUAAUUUAAGGCUACCGAAUACCUUCAGAUCGGAGUAUGACUUAAUUACCAAAGAAAAAAUUAAUGAAAAAGUAGGUAUUUGCGAAGCGUUUAAAAACUUUUUAUGAACCAAACCUAACUCGAAUUAAGGCCGAGCCAAAUGAUUUAGAUCGGCUGAAUUGAUUCAGUCGCCGAUCGUAAUUCCAGUCGAACUAAAUUCAAAAAGGAGAAAAAUGCUCAUUGCGGUCAAAUUGCUCGCAAAAUACUUUAUAAUAAUUUAUGCAUUAGGUUCGGCACAUGAAAAAUUCGGCGUCUGAAUCAAAGCCGUUCCAAAGUCGAAAUUCCCAGCUGGGCUAGGCGGAUAGAACGGCUGAGCCGUUCCAAAUUGAGAUAGGCGUUCCUAACUGAUUCAAACGUCGAACUUUUCAAGUACUUAGGUUCGGCCCAUGAAAAGUUCGGGGUCUAAACCAGUGGCGGAUCCAGGAUCCCCCUCAGUUUAAGAGCAAACUAUUGAAACCCGCCCCCCCCACCCCCUUAUCUUAGGGUCUGGAUCACCGCCCCUCCUCCCCUUAAUAGCCCAUUUUACAGUUAUGGGUGGAAGUGAGGCUGACCGCGUUGACCUUGUUUUGAUACAAACCUUUCUACUUUAUCAUGUAACUCAAGUUAUUCUUAUUCUAACAAGUAUUCUUCAAGGACAAUUUCCAUAACAAAGCAAAGGAGGUUUGAUAUCGAAACAGGGUCGCCGUCAGCCUCACAUUCGUUCGAAGGCUAGGGUACUAAGUCCACGACUGUAAAAUGGUCUAUUAAAGAUCUGGAUACGCCACUGUGAACUGGACUUUAUUUUUGAAUGGAAAACAUGCCAUUAAAAAAUAUCGGGGAUUUUUUUUAUUCCCAAAAUGUUUUUGUUAAUUUUAUCGAUAAGUAAAAGAAAUGUUUUUCGGCAAGUUAAUGCCAUAAUGACAUUUCGAGGCAUACAAAUUUCUCCUUACAGACAUGAAAAGAGAUUGUACAAACAGUUUUGUUUUUGUUUUUUCUUUGCUGGACAGACUUCUUUGUUUCAAGUCAAGUUGCUGGAUUCAAAUAAUCCAUCAUCGAUCCGCAUAAAUGAUUCAUCGCACUCUCUCAAUACAGACGUAACUAGAGAACCUUCAUUCUUUGACGGAACACUGCCAGCCUCUCUGUAUGAUGUAAAUGGUAAUUGUCGUGUUCAUACAUAUUUCGUCCUGUUUAGUGCAAAUAAUCUGUAACGAUGAUGAGGGGCUGAGGAAUAACGAGGAAUUUUUCGUUCACAGCAAACGGAUCUGAUGACCACGAGACCACAUUACCAUUUUCUUGGCUGUUUAUUGGCUUGAUGUUUGUCAUUACGCGAGUGAGAAAUUCACUAAUCUAUCGUUCUCGGAAUCAGUAUACAGCGAACGAAGUUUCCUGUUUGCCCUAAAGCGUGCGCUGUUGGAGAUAACAUGACAACUUUAAAUAUUUUUUUGUUUUAAUCAUCUUAUCUCUUUCAAUAGUACAGUGCAGUAGACGUAAAAGUUCAAUCCCAUAUCAUCAAAUUCAAAUUCAAAUAGCGCCGCUAACCUAUCUUACAAAAACACUACGCAGCAAGGGUGCAGUGUAUGAUUUUUUUGUCCGACUAUUGACAAUCACUACUGGAUGUUUCAGUUAACAUACUGUCCUUUUUGUAAAUAGUUUAGUUACGGUCACUGUCAUCAUACUGAUAUAUCAAACACUUGUAAUGACGAUAAUUUCAUUGCUUUUGUUACAUUUGUAUCAGGAAAUGGUUAUUACAUUCCUAAAGCGAAUGAACAAGGACUAAAUGUUAAAAUCAGUCUUCAAACGUCCAGGGACAAUAGAGGAAGAAAGGACACUUCAGCAAGAUAUGCAACAGCAUGGCUUGACCAUGGAGUAAAUCCAACUAACAAGGGCUAUGAAUACGCAAUUAUCGUGGGUACAAAACCAAGCACUAUUCAGGUAAAUAUGUACACAUUCAACGCAAAUUUGACUGCUGAGUGUUAUUGUUAAGCUGGCAUGUUUUUGGUGGAAAAGGCCUUUGACAUAUGUUGUUAGCUACAAAACAACUGCAUGGCUGACAAUUUUUUCUUGACAGAUGCGCAUUUAAUUCGUACAAAUAUUUCUUUCCAACAAGGCUUCCUGGCAGUAAACUUUUUUAUCUAAUUGCGAUAACUUUGUAAAUCAAAAACUGAGCGCAAAAUAGGAAUUUUCCAAAGAAAAACUUGUCAAGGAACCAAUCGCAGAUCUGAAGUGAAAGGUUGGUGGCAUUUGUGCUCAAAGAUGGCUUGGCUUGCUUUUCUCUUUUAUAGUUGUUUCCUGGACAACAAGCGGGGCAAUUUGUAGCAAGUGGCUUUCCCCCGGUAUACGAAGUAAUUCACAAGGACAAUAAAGCUCACGCAGUAAAGAUCAAUGACUGCCCAAGAAAAAACGACACUCAGUGGGGAUAUGCAUUCUUUGACAAAUCUGUUCGCACUCCUGGUCCUAUAAGACGGGUUACUAAGGUAAAUUUAUAAACAUUUUUUUUCGACAUGGCUUAUUCCGGGAUGUUUGUAUUGAGUACUUUAACUGUCUGAAAGGAAGGAGUGGUAAAGAACAGGGCUGACAUGGGACCAUAACAGCAACAUUAUAGUGAUAUUCCCCAUAUAGCACCUCCACAAACAAACUACACUUGCAAUUCAAAAGCAUUUUAACUAUCUUAACUAUCUAAACUACACCAUUAUUGAGAAUGAUGAUUGUUUCAGAGAGUGACGCAGGUAGCUCAGAAAAAAAGCUGAGUAUUCUCAACAGGAGAAUAACCUAAGACUGUCUGGUGACUAGUCCAGAUGCUCUACCACGGAGCUACAGGAGACUUGUGGGAGCUGAGGCCAAUAAACUAGGCUCAUGUGACAAACAUCCUGCAUAUUGCGAGGACUGGAAUGCCGAUUAUACAGGCGUUAUUACAAAAAAAUCGCGUUGAAAGUUGUGCGUCAAUAAUGGAUUUUCGCAUUGAUUUCUAUUACCUACACCAAGACUUUGAGGACACCCAACGAUACACUUCUGGUUUCCAAACGUCUCCACUUUUAAGAGCGUUUCCGAAAACCCCAAAUGUUUCGGUGUAGACGGAAGACCAAACGAAUAAAAAUGUGACCGAGUUGCUGAGGUGUAUUUUUUUCCCACAGCACCCUUGUCUUGUGAUGUUUGAAGAAGACGACGAAGACAACGUGUACGUUUCUGUGUCGUAUCCAAAUUUAAAUUUCAACAUCAGUGAACCUUUGACGAUUGGAAGCCGUGUCAAUGCUCAGCAACGGUUUUACUCUGUCAGCAUGUCAGAGGAUAUUGAGGUAGGCAUAUGAAAAUGAAAACCAUUGUACCAGUCUGACCAGGACUAGCCUGCAGUGCUGACAUUAACUCCAGCAGUGUGUUCAGGAAUUACCUGCAGCGCUGACAUUAAGUCUGCCAGUGUGUUCAGGAAUUUCCUGCAGUGCUAACAUGAACUCCAACAGGGUUUUUAGGUCUAGUCUUUAGUGGAGGAGUAAUGAUUGUUUGGGCAUCAGGGCAGUCAGUAUUUCAUUCCUACAAUGAGCAUUUGUGAUUUUCACACGCAGGGGAAGAUUGGGUAAAGCAACGUUAAAACAGUAGAGUGAGUAAAAAGUGUUGGAUGGAAGAUAAAAUCUUAAACAAAAUUUCUUGGUGAUUAUUUACCUCGGUUUUCAGUUCAUCGUCUCCAAGUCUGGCAUGAAUACUUAGGUUUUAAAUGGGAGAAUUCUAGACAUUGUCAAUGUUUGUAUUAUUCCAAUUUUAAUCGCAUGUUGCUAGAAUGGGCUUUUUCUUUUUCUGGGCAUCAGAAAGCCACAUUUGUUAAAGCCAAGAGCCACAAAUGAAUAAAACGUUUUGUCAAAAACCUUCUUUUUGAGAAUCUCAAACACUUACUGGACUGGACCACGUGACUUACCGAGUGCCAUCUUCUUUGAGUUCUUGCUUAGAGUAAGUUCUUUUUUUUCUAUUUUACUGCAACAUACAGAACAUUUCUUAAACCACAUCAUCUUUUCUUUGGUUAUUCUGUAUCAGGUGUUUUUCCCAAAAGAUGUCGAGGUCAGUAUCGGUGAUGUCAGGGUGAAUGGUAAAAUUGUGCCACAAGGUGAAAGAGGUAAUCAUGUAGAGGCCAUUCCCAGAGGAAUGGAUCCUGCCAGGACAACAUCACGUCGAAUCAAAUUCAAAGGUCUGUCUAAAGGAUUCAGUAAAGAAGUGAAACUCAGGAGACCUUCUGCCCAAGCCAAAAAAUGA